UCCGGACUGGAGGAGGAGUGAGAGCAGUCUGCAGCUGCGACGCACACACAAACGCCUUCCUUUCUUCAUCCCUGCUUGUCACAUUUCUUUUAGCAGCAAGUUCCAAUUUUCAAGCAAAGGAUUACUUUUGUUUGAUUAAAUAGUUUCUUUAAACCAACCAACUACAGACCUGAGGCACAAUGAUUAACAACAGAGAUUGCUGGAAGGUGUACAAGAGGGUGAGUGUCAUGUUCUUCCUGGCAGUGGUGGCGCUCACUAUUGUCCAGAGAGGGAGCAUCAACAUGGGGGCUCCAUUUGAACUCCAGCGGCAGGCUCGAAUGGAUGCCUCUGACGUGGAGUCCGGAGCUGCCAUUCAAGUGAAGACGCACUCCUCUCAGGGGUUGAAAGGCUUUUGGAAGCCGAUCAAGCACCAGCCGCUUCAUCGAGGUCGAUCCACCACCCAGGAGCCUAGUGUCACUGAAGAACAUAGUGCCACAACCUGGGACGUAACCACCACCAACUGUAGCGCCAACCACAAUCUUUCAGGCCUGGAUUGGUUUCGGAGUCUGGAGGACACAUUCAAGCAAUUUAUGCUUUACAGACACUGCCGAUACUUCCCAAUACUUCAAAACCACCCGGAGAAAUGCUCGGGGGAGAUUUAUUUGCUCAUGGUGAUCAAAUCUGUGGCAACCCAGCAUGAUCGUAGAGAAGUCAUUCGAAAAACGUGGGGCAAGGAGCGAGUCGUAAGCGGCAAGAGGAUAAAGACGCUUUUCCUUCUUGCUAAAUCAUCCAACCAGGCUGAGGGGGCCAACCAUCAAAAGCUUUUGGAGUAUGAAAACCACAUCUAUGGCGAUAUCCUUCAGUGGGACUUCUUGGAUAGCUUCUUCAAUCUCACGCUGAAGGAGACACACUUCCUCAAAUGGUUCCACACCUACUGCCCGAGUGUUCGCUACAUCUUCAAGGGGGACGAUGAUGUUUUUGUCAGUGUGGAGAACAUUUUUGAGUUCCUCGACAGCACUGACCCUGCAAAGAACCUCUUUGUCGGGGACGUGAUUUUUAGGGCAAAGCCGAUCCGAAAAAGGGAGAAUAAGUACUACAUCCCGCAGGCUUUGUACAAUAAGACCCAUUACCCUCCCUACGCAGGAGGCGGGGGGUUUCUGAUGGACGGGAACCUGGCAAGGAAGCUCUAUUGGGUUGCAGAUACCCUCGAGUUGUACCCCAUCGACGACGUCUUCUUAGGGAUGUGCCUGGAAGUCCUUCAGGUGGCUCCAAUCAAACAUAAUGCCUUUAAGACGUUCGGCCUUGUGAAAAACAAGAGCAGCAAGUUGAACAAAGAACCUUGUUUCUUUAAGAGCAUGAUUGUUGUUCACAAAUUGCUCCCAAAGGAACUCUUACACAUGUGGAAUCUGGUCAACAGCGAACUUGUCUGUUCACAAAAAGUCGAGAUUCUAUAGCUCAACCGGGCCGCUCCAGGCUGACUCUUGCUGUUUACCAGGAUAGUCCAAGGGAAACUGUGCGUACUCUUCUUUCUGGGGGAAGACAGAGACAGUAUUUGCCAUCGCUAUAGGUUUUAUGUAGAAGUACUUCUGAAGUAAAUUAUGCUUUUUUGAAUUGUUGUAUUUAUAAAGGCAUUUAAAAAUAACCUCAACCUAAAGCUGCGGCGACAAUGGUAACACGAAGGAGGACGAUUGAUCACGUGAUGUGUGAUUUAGGCCUGCUUGGUGCUGAUUAUUUCCUUUGGAGCCUUUUCCUUUUACCGACUUCCUUGUUAGAGGACACUGAUGAUGGAUCCAUAAAUGUGAAUAUCAUUCCUCAAAAUCAUGAAUGUCUCUGCCUGCCAUAAAGAAGGAAUGCCUAUUUUUCACAAAAAAGGAAUAAUAUAAGGCGCGUUCGCACUUAUCAUUUUGGGAGCAGUUAAAACAAACCCCUCCAAAAGACUUCAAAGACCCUUCAGUGUCAGUUAUCCCAUACACGCAAGACAUACGAAAGAAUCAAGAUACUGUUUCUCUUUCACCCUAAAAUCUGGAACAAAGUGGCCACCAAACAGUUUAUCAUUUUUAAAACCAGGAAAGGGAUGUCAUGUGGUGCCCACAUAACGAAAACACACACAAAUCUCCAGCAAAACGACUUGGGGAAAACUGGCACUGACCGAUUCUGCACUUUAAUGACGUUCCCAACACAGACAAGAGUCCUCAGUUGCUGCUAGUUUGUUCAUUUGAGCGAGUGUGAACGCAGUUUAUGGAACCCAGGACCACCCGAGAGAUCCGCCUGCAGGCAGACUCUAGUCUGCGCACCAAAACACUCAAAACCAGUUCAUGGUGAGCCAAACCCAACAGAAAGCCCAGAAGCAUCAACUUACUUUAUAGAAGGGUUGAUUCCUUGCAGCAAAUUUCAAGGAAUCUUUUAGUCAUCUUGGUAUCAUUUAGAUCUACUUUGUUACAUCUCAGUUGGCUAUAAGAACAAAAGUCCUAUCACAUCAUGUUUCAUGCUUUGUCCCCAAUCGAGGCUUGACUUACAUGAUUUAGUCCACUGACGAAUUCAAGUGUGAACGGGAACCGCGUUCAAGUCCCCACCAAAUAAUGUUCGGACUCCAAGUGUGAACGCACCCUUACAUCUAGAAUUCAGUGUCUGGUUGCUGCUGUGCCUUUUUGGUUCAUUCAAAGCAAGAGAAUGACUCUACCUCAGUAGUCCUUCCACAACUCUCAUAUUUUCAAAGGUCUCCAGGAUACGAUAGUUUGGACAUGCAUUCAUUCACCUUCUAGGGUUCAUCCUUUUCACGGCCCUGAGCCUUUCCCAGCUGAUUAUGGACAACCUUGGACUGGCUGCCAGCCAAUCACAGAACAGGAACAUAAUUUGUGUUGUAGAGGUCCUUGCGAUCUCUUUGGGGGGUGGAAAAAGAAGACCGACUGGAGAUACUGAGAGCUGCCCAUGGAAGUGACUGUUCUGAUAUACUUGACGUGACGUUGACAGAAGGUUUACACAACAUUGUACUUAAACCAUUACUGGUACGACUAUGUAAGAUGUUCAUUUCGGAAAAGAAUGUGGGCCUAAUAUUUAAUUUAUAAUCGUUUUAAUUUGAAUUAUUCAUCUUUUAGGAGUGGGUGUUAAUUAAGGCAUUGGCGAUGUAAAUAUUGUAUAUGUGAAUAUUAAAAAGUUCAAUAUUC